UGUUGGUUCUGCUCAACCUGAAACAAACAUGGCAGCUGCAGGUCUCCAGAUUGUGGGCAUCUUUUUGUCAACCAUUGGCUUUCUGGGCGAUAUCAUCAUCUGCGUCCUGCCCAUGUGGAAGGUGUCUGCGUUCAUCGGGAACAACAUAGUGACGGCGCAGACCUUUUGGGAGGGCCUGUGGAUGAACUGUGUGAUGCAGAGCACCGGGCAGAUGCAGUGCAAGGUCUACGACUCCCUGCUGGCCCUCCCCAAUGACCUGCAGGCAGCCCGGGCCCUCGUCGUGAUCUCCAUCCUGAUCAUCUUGAUGGGAAUCCUGCUUGCUGUCGUAGGAGGAAAAUGCACCAACUGCAUUGAAGAUGAAGACGCCAAGAGCAAGGUAGCCAUUGCUGCGGGAGUGUUCUUCAUCAUCGGUGGCAUCCUGUGCUUGAUCCCUGUGUGCUGGUCUGCGCACGUGGUCAUCAGAAACUUCUACAACCCCAUUAUGAUGGACUCACAGAGGAGGGAGCUGGGAGCGUCGCUGUUCAUCGGUUGGGGCUCAGCAGGACUGUUGUUGAUUGGAGGGGCACUUCUCUGCUGCCAGUGUCGCCAGCGUAAAGACAGCCGAUACUCUGUCAAAUAUUCUGCCCCAAGCUCAGCAGCUCGUGGAGGAGCCUAUGUUUAAAAUGUCUUGAUCUAGGAGACUGAACUCUUCACUAAUGUUUUAUGAUUUUUAACUUUAUUUUAAGAUGUUGACUUAUUUUUAAUAAAGUGUAUAUAUUACUUACAA